AUGCUUCUCUCACGCAUCUUCGCCGCGCUGUCCUUCUUACUGCUGCUCCUGCCGCUGUCGCUAUGCGCCGAGGACUACUACAAGAUCCUGGGGCUGGACAAGUCCGCCUCGGAGCGGGACAUUAAGCGGGCGUAUCGGAAGUUAAGCAAGAAGUAUCAUCCGGAUAAGAAUCCUGGCGACGAAACUGCUCAGAAGAAAUUCGUCGAUAUCGCCGAAGCUUACGAAGUCCUGUCUUCCCCCAGCACGCGCAAGAUCUACGAUCAAUACGGUCAUGAAGGGUUGCAGCAGCACAAGCAGGGCGGUGGCGGCGGUGGUCACGCCGCCCAUGACCCGUUCGACCUCUUCUCGCGCUUCUUUGGCGGCGGAGGGCAUUUCGGGCAUGCCGGGGGUCACCGUAAGGGCCCGGACAUGGAGGUGCGGCUCCAGCUGCCGUUGCGAGACUUUUACACGGGGCGGGAGGUCGAGUUCCAGGUGGAGAAGCAGCAGAUCUGCGAGUCCUGCGAAGGGUCCGGGGCGGCGGACGGUAAGGUGGAUGUCUGCGACAGAUGCGGCGGCCAUGGAAGGGUGGUCCAGAAGCACAUGCUGGCCCCGGGCAUGUUCCAGCAGGUGCAGAUGACGUGCGAUAAAUGCGGGGGCAAGGGCAAGACGAUCAAGAAGCCGUGUCCGAUCUGCCACGGGCAGCGCGUGGUGCGCAAGCCGGUGCCCAUGACGGCCACAGUCGAGCCGGGCAUGGGCAAAGGCACGCGGAUCGUGUUCGAGAACGAAGCGGACGAGAGCCCGGACUGGGUGGCGGGCGAUCUGAUCGUGAUCCUGGCGGAGGAAGAGCCGAAGCUGGGGAAGAACGAGCGGGAGCGCACGGACGGGACGUUCUUCCGGCGAAAGGGCAAGGAUCUGUUCUGGAAGGAGGUGCUGUCGCUGCGAGAGGCGUGGAUGGGCGACUGGACGCGCAACCUGACGCACCUGGACGGCCACAUCGUGCAGCUGGGGCGGAAGAGAGGCGAAGUGGUACAGCCGCUGACGGUGGAGACGAUCCGGGGCGAGGGCAUGCCCAUCUACCACGAGGGGCACAUGCACGAGCGGCACGGCAGCGAGGAGGAGUACGGGAAUCUGUAUGUGGAAUAUACAGUGGUGCUGCCGGACCAGAUGGAGAGCGGGAUGGAGAAGGAUUUCUGGGCGCUGUGGGAGAAGUGGCGCAAGAAGAAGGGGGUGGAUUUGCUGAAGGACAGCGGGCGGCCAGUUAGGGAUGAACUAUAA